AUGGGAUCCUCUGUCUCAGACGGGGCCUCAGACUCGGUUUCGCCUUCUGGGGAAGCAAGCACACUUUCUGGAGAAGCGGAUACGGUUUCUGGAGAUGCAGACACGGUUUCUGGAGAUGCAGACACGGUUUCUGGAGAUGCAGACACGGUUUCUGGAGAUGCAGACACGGUUUCUGGAGAUGCAGACACGGUUUCUGGAGAUGCAGACACGGUUUCUGGAGAUGCAGACACGGUUUCUGGUUGGGACGUGGGCCCAAAACCGCCAUCGGCGUCAUCCGACGGUCUCAUUUCCAUAGUUACUGUUUCUGACGGGAUUGCAUCCGUAAGGGCAGACGGUUCUGGUAUAUCAGUUUCGGCUACUCCAAUGAUUUCCUCCUCACCGGGACUUGAUGUGUCAUCAAGAGUCCGAGUAGGUUUAGCAGAGGGCUCCGGUCCUCCCGAUGCAUUCGGCUUGAUUGGUCGCCGAGGAAUGUCAUCAGACACUGACAUAAUAGCGUCCCAAGGUUCCAUGUCUGCAGAGACACAAAGGACAUAA